AGAUAACCAUAAUAUCCCUAAAAAUGAAUAUUUGUAUCUCAAAUUAUAAUUCAAAGUCCCAUUGAAUAAGUGUGUGAAUCUGUUGAAUGCUUGUGUAGUGUAGUUAUAUUAAAAUAUUUUUAAAUAUGGCUUUAAAGGGUUUAAACGUGCUAGAAUUUUCCGGGUUAUUACCAGUUCCUUAUUGCGGAAUGGUACUUGCAGAAUUUGGGGCAUCUGUAAUCCGUUUAGAUAAGAUUGGAUCAAAUACAAAUUUAGAUUGUUUAGGAAACGGUAAAAAAUCGAUAAGUGUUAACAUUAAACAUCCUGAAGGUUAUAAAGUGAUUAAAUCGUUAUCUCAACAAGUCGAUAUCCUUAUAGAACCUUUUCGAAAAGGCGUCAUGGAGAAACUAGGUUUAGGACCGGAUGUAUUAAUGAAAGACAAUCCUAAAUUAAUUUAUGCAAGAUUAACAGGUUAUGGUCAAACGGGUGAUUUUAGUAAAAAUGCCGGUCAUGAUAUAAAUUACGUCGCACUUUCUGGUUUACUUUCUUUAUUUGGAAGGUAUGGAGACAAUCCAUUACCUCCUGUAAACGUUUUAGCCGAUAUUGGAGGUGGAGGUAUAGCUUGUACCUUAGGGAUACUUCUAGCUCUAAUAGAAAGAAGUAAAUCUGGUAAAGGGCAAAUAGUUGAUUCUAAUAUGGUAGAAGGUACAGCGUAUUUGGGUACUUGGUUAUAUAGGGGAAAAAAUACUCUACCAAUAUGGGGACAAGAACGAGGAAAAAACGUUCUAGAUAGCGGUACUCAUUUUUACGAAGUAUACAAGACGAAAGAUGGAAAAUAUAUGUCAGUCGGUGCAUUAGAACCCCAAUUUUAUGAUCAACUUAUUGCUGGGUUGGGUUUGAAUAUCGAAGAAACUCCUCAAUACGGAGAUUUUGAUAAAAUGAAAAAAAUAUUUAAACGAAAAUUCUCUGAAAAAACUCGAGACGAAUGGUGCGCAAUAUUCGAUUCCACUGACGCUUGUGUAGCUCCGGUUCUAACAUUAGAAGAAGCGCCACAGCAUCCCCAUAACGUACAACAAAAAACAUUUACUAAAACCAAAGAUUUUUACAGUCCCAAUCCUCACCCGAAAUUAAACAGAACUCCGGGGGUAUCUUUGUCUAAUGAACCCUUACCUCAAAUUGGGCAACACACCAAAGAGAUUCUAAUUAAUUUGGGUUAUUCUAGUGAGAAAAUCAAGGAAUUAGAAAACGAGGGAGUCGUCAAAUGUAAUAAACAUUCGAAAUUGUAAACAUAUUUUUUGAAUCACCCCUUAUAUAUCUUAUGUAAAUGAGGUUAAAGGGAUUGAAACAAGUAAAAAAAACAAAUAGCUACUAUUUUUAUAUAUGUUUUUAUUAUACAGUGGUUAAAAUAUAUUAUAACAGUUU